CAACGUCAGAGAGAGAGAGAGAACUUUUGUAGUCGUUACAAAAUGACUUUUGGUUAAUAGUGUUAGUUUUUGUACUAAUUCAAAUAUUGAUCGACAUUUAACUGAGAAUUGGAUUUACGUGAGUUAAAGUGUACAUAAGACCAUGUGAACUGCUCAAUUAUUAUGUUCUGGAGACCUAGAUCUACCUUUAUAGACUUUAAUGUUCAAUUAGACACAACCAUUAGUGACUAGAAGUGUUGAUUGGUGUAAACAAAGUCUGCACUUCAAUCUGCUUUCAAUAAAGAUGUUGCAGAGUGCGUUCUUGGUGCUCUUGUUUCCCUUGUUGUUAACACCUGGUGUGCACAUUGAUGAUGAAUCCCACUCAGUGAUCUAAUUCGUUGGGUAAGGGACUGUAGUCGGUGAGACAUUUCCAAGAGUCCUGGAAGGAGGAACAACGGAAUUCUAGAAAUCAUAUCUUUGGAUACGUUGAUGACAUACUGCAUGAGACUAGCACAUGAACAACGACAACAUUUAGCUUGCAGGUGCAUUCCAAACAUGAACUUAGCCAAAACAAACAGAGUACUAACUGUGACUUAUCAAACGUUGAACACAUUUUCCACCUAAAAGCUGUAUGGAAGAUUCUCUUACAUUGCAACUAUGAACAGACUAUUAAUAGCGGCCAUUUUGGUGUCUCCGUUGUACAAAACCAACGAUUGGUUGAUAAACUAGCUGGUGGUGGUUGUUGUGUUUAAAGAGACACAUUUCUUCACGCUGCAGAAUCUAAUUGUCUUAAGGUUUUCCAUUUGAAGUGCAUAAUAAUUUCAAUUAGGAGCGUAAUAAAGGAGAUUUGAUACGUAGAUCAGCUGCCUCGCAUCAUGCUAUUGUUCAAAUUAUAGCUUUCUUUUUAUUUACUUGGCAACAGUGACGGUCAAUAUUGCGUCCUUGACUCUGUUUAGUUUAGCGUGAGAAUCUCCAAUUUGUGUAUUUAGUUUUAAAGUUAGUUUUCAUGACGUUUAAUUAGAAAAAAAAAGUAUUUCUAAUAAUAAUAAUAAUAAUAAUAAUCUUUAUUAUCCGUAAGGAAAUUUGUCUUACAAUUUGUGCAUUACACCAAACAAAAACAUUAUAACUAUAACUAUGACAUGAUCUUAACGCGUAGCUACAGAAACACAAAGUACCGCAACAAAAUAUGACGUCAAAAACUGGAAGCAGCAGUGACUUGGUUGAUUCUGAAGGAGCUUACCUUGGCGCUACUCUCAAACACAAAAAUGUUUUACGAAGGACAAUUAACGAGGAUGUGGGGGAAGAGGAGCCGCUCCUGGCGUCUGACCAACCUGGCAAGUCUCCAGGUACCGAGAGAGAAGAGGGCGUCACCAAAAGUGGGGCAAUAAACAUUGCCACAUCGAUGAUUGUUGUUAGCCUAGCUAUGGCAUCCUACUCCAUCUUCUCAGACGCAAUGUCUCAGUGGAUCUAUGUGGAAUUUGAGAACCAAGUUCUGGGUGCAAACGCCUCCCUCAUCAACUCCACAGCUUCUAACCCUUGCGUCAAAGACAACCAAACAGACUUAUGGGCCAAAGAGUUGGACAAGGCGCAGUCACUGGCAUCCAGAUUUAGCAUUUAUGCCAUGAUAGUCACCCUUCUUCCAGCGUUCUUCACGAACUUGUUGUUAGGAAUUUACGCUGACCAAAUAGGACGCAGGAUUUUAUUUUUAGCUCCUCUCAUAGGUCUUUUCAUAAGGGCUUUCGUUGGCUUUGUCGUGGCCUUUUGGAAACUAAGUAUUUACUGGAACUUUGUGGGCAUGGCUUGUAUCGGAUUGACUGGACAUUUACCUGCCAUCUUCAUGGGCAUUUACGUGUACACCGCGGACAACACAGGACACAAGAAAAGUCGAUCCUUUGGAAUGGUCAUUGCACAGACUGCAAUCAACGUUUGCUUCUCAUUGUCUCAUCUGGCUGUUGGGUAUUUCAUCGACGCUAAAGGCUACGCCUGGCCAAUGUUUACAGCAUCUGUAAUCCUGGCAUUCUGUUUGGUCAUCUGCUACUUCUUUUUGAAAGAAACUUUGGAAACAGCGAAAAAGACGCGAAAAAAGACGUUCACAGAAGGUUUCAAGGAAGUCUUCAGUUUCUAUAUCACUAAGGGAAAGAACUCUAACUAUAGAAGGUUAGAUUUCAGUCUUCUUGGGUUAGUGUUCUUUCUGUUUUCAACUUGUCUUGGUGUCAGCAUUCAGUCAAUGUUUCUGAUGAAUGAGCCUUUGUGCUGGAGCUCCAUCAAGAUUGGUCAGGUCACUACUUACCAAGGACUUCUGGGCGCCUUCACUUCCCUGGUGUUGAUGAAAGCUCUUCAGCGUUGUCUGUCGGAUGACGUCAUUUGCAUCGUGUCUCUGGUCUCAGCCGCUGCAAGUCGAUUUGUACUUGCCUUUGCUCAGUAUGACUGGAUGAUCUACGUGGCUUAUACAGUUGGAAUGUUUGAACUUCUGCUGCUGCCAAUCAUACGAGCUAUUUUGUCGCGAAUGGUACCAGUCAAUAACAGAGGUUCUCUAUUUGCCAGUGUUGCUGUGAUAGAGGUCGCCACUUUCGUUGUAGCUGGUGCAGGCUUUGACGCCUUGUAUAGCUUCACAGUCUCGUUCUGGCAUGGCUUGACCUACUUGGUGAUAGCUUGUUGUGUUUCACUUGCUACAGGACUAAUGAUUUUGUUCACUGUGACUGUACGAAAGCGUCAUUUGACUAGAGUGGUAGAUGUACAAGAAGUUUCAGAAUAAGAAGCUACUUUUUUUUUGGACCAAUGUAUAGGAAAUAGGAACCAAGAAAUGUCUGGGGUGACUACCCGAGUAACAUUAAUGUUGGAUAUCCUGACAGACGUAUGUGUCGCCAUGUUUUUGUUUCUAUCACUUGAGAGAUUCCAAUAGUGUUAAGGAAGUCAAACAUUUGAACGAAGUCUCAGACAUUCUUGCAGUUUGCCAGUUUUCUGAAUGAGACGAAUUAUUAAAGGAAACAGAAUUUCAUUACAUAAGUCUUUUACAAACGUAUCACUCACAUAGCCAGGUUUUCGGAAGUUAGAUUCUAUUCGUUGCAUUGUGAAAUUGUCGUCUGUCUAGUAGCCUACUUCUCCAACAACAAAAUGGGAGUAUCAAAGACAUUAUCUAUGCUAAGAUCAUCAACACAAAACUAGACUGAACGAAAUACAAAGACAUUGUUUAUGCUAAGAUCAUCAACACAAAACUAGACUGAACGAAAUACAAAGACAUUGUUUAUGCUAAGAUCAUCAACACAAAACUAGACUGAACGAAAUAUUAUAUAUAUAUGCUAGGCUGCAGUGUAAAUGUAAACAAUUAAUGCAGAUAUUACGGCUAAAUCUCGAAGUGUGGCCAUUUCGCAAACUGGCUGGCCAAAUUGCGUUAUAGCCAACCAGAUCAUGAAAUGGCCGGCCAGUUCGCGAAUCCGCCGAGUUGGAGCACUGGCGCCAACAUAGAUAAACAUUGUGUUUAAUACAACUUUAUACCAGCGUUCAUCGUUGUUAGUAGAGAUGAUAGUCAUCAUAAAAUGAUUAAAAAUCUUAUUGUAUUGUAAUUAAUAUGAAAUAGGCUGGAUUAGUGAAGCCUAACUUGGAUGGGUUAGCGAUUUAAGCUUAUUACGACUAAAUGAGAUUGACUAGUUGAUGUCUUUUUUUUCUCUCUUAAAUUCCAAGAAUAUUAAUAUCCCUUUUCCAUUCUUGAUCUCUAUUUUCAUGUUCCUCCUUUAAAAAAAUAUCUAUAGAAUGAAAGUAACACGCUGGUGACAUAGAAGCACACAUGGAUAAAAUGUGGAACUAAUGGUUAAUCUUGGAGAUUGUGUUCAUUACACAUCAAGGUUCUCUUCUGUCAGAUUUAGAACGUUUGCCAGUUGAGAAAUUUAUUUCUGAGUAGACUUGUAGGCGCUACAUUAUAAGCCCAACUAUUUUAAGGAAUUGGAAUGCAGCAGCUGUGAUAUUUUUUUCUGUUCACUCUUUCUUUUUGUUGUAUGUACGGUAAAUAAUUAAAUAAUGUAUUCAAUAUUUAUUUAUUUUGAACUUAUAAAGUAUUCUGCGUCUAUGUUGCAAAUCGAUUUUUUAGUUAAAAAAACCCAUUCAACCUUAAGAUUUCAUUUUUAGCAGAUUACAUCAGCGACAGCUGUGUGUAAAAUUGGCCAUACAUAUAUGUAAAAACACUACUUACCACCUCGGCGAUUUUCUUAAAAACUCGUUUAGUCCAAGACACUUUGGUAAACGUAGAGUGUCUUCACUUUUCUUACGCCACCCCCCCCCCCUUCCUCGCAUCUUUUAGAAUUAUUUGAUCAAAACAAAGUAUGUCCUGUGUAAAGUCAACUGUUUGAUUUACAAGUUAUGUCCUCGACAUCAUUGCCUUUGAAACUGUCGGGGAAAGUUCAAUCCAAGGCUCAUGUAGAUCAGCUAAGAGCUCUCUUUCACAGCUCCACAGAUUUGUUCUGUUUGGAAGACGUUCAAGUCGGUGUCUACGUAGCACGCCGCUAUUUUCAUUGGCUCUCCGAAGGCACGGGCUAGAGACGUAGCCGAAGGCCAAGCACACUCGGUACCCCGUCAUUUCCCUUCAUUGUACCACACUAACCGUGCCGCGGGACUCGUCAUUUCCCUUCAUUGUACCACACUAACCGUGCCGCGGGACUCGUCAUUUCCCUUCAUUGUACCACACUAACCGUGCCGCGGGACUCGUCAUUUCCCUUCAUUGUACCACACUAACCGUGCCGCGGAACUCGUCAUUUCCCUUCAUUGUACCACACUAACCGUGCCGCGGGACUCGUCAUUUCCCUUCAUUGUACCACACUAACCGUGCCGCGGGACUCGUCAUUUCCCUUCAUUGUACCACACUAACCGUGCCGCGGGACUCGUCAUUUCCCUUCAUUGUACCACACUAACCGUGCCGCGGGACUCGUCAUUUCCCUUCAUUGUACCAAACUAACCGUGCCGCGGGACUCGUCAUUUCCCUUCAUUGUACCACACUAACCGUGCCGCGGGACUCGUCAUUUCCCUUCAUUGUACCACUCUAACCGUGCCGCGGGACUCGUCAUUUUUUGAGGAACGGCAUGUGGAUUAUUGACAUGGUUUUAGGUGCCCUCUUAGCAACCCGGACUAGUAGAGACACUCUCAUGGCUCCUUAAGCAAAACUACGGGAGUCUUGUCUUGCCAUCCGUAUGUAAAAUGUUUUACAUGUUUCGGAUGUUCCUUCAGAGUUGAAGAUAAUUACUUCCUAGUCCAAACCUCCCGCAGGACGACGGGGGAUGGGAGCGGGCAGUGUUUGAACCCGGGACCAUCGAUAAAUCUGAACGACAGUCCAGCGCGCAAACCGCACGACCAGGCAGCCAACCGUACUUGUGUGGUAUGCGAUUCGGUCUGUCGGUACGAACUGUCUUCGCUUAGUUACCUUCCUUGAACAAUGCUUCUCAGCGUCAAUGUGGCGCCCGGGUGAAAGUGUUUAUUAGAGAAGAACAAGUAGAAUGUGAAAAGUACUUUUAAAAAACAACAUAAAGAUUAUAAAUAAGGAGGGAACUUGCAUCCAUUAUUUUGAUUCAGUAAUGUAAUUAAUGUAAUGAAUUAAUAUCUUACGAAAAAAAAAGGAAAUGAAAAGUAAAUGUCAGGCUACUGAGGCAGGCCAUACGGAACGCACAUCUGCACCUAGUUGAAGUUAAAGCUGACUUCUAUCUCUCUUAGAAAAAAAAAAAAGGUUAUUGUAAAAUGUAGUUAACAAACAGCGCUUGAGGGGAGGGGACAACAAAUGUUGUAAGAAAUGGAGGAUCAGUGGGCGAUCAAUGUGCAAGAAAGACUUGCUGUUGAAAAAGUGACUGACCGUGAUAAUGCUAAAUACUCUGGAGAAUGCUGUAUGCACCCUGACAUCGUAGUCUUGAAGUUUGCUGCAGGAGUCACAACUUUGGCACGUUUGGUUACGAGAUAUGUCACUUUGACAUGGUAGCGUCAUGUUGAACAUGUUCCAUAAAUAGAUUAGCAAUCAAUUGAGCCUUUGUCCUAUGCUUGCAUUUGUAAAAUGUUUGUAAAAUGUUUUACAUGUUUCGGAUGUUCCUUCAGAGUUGAAGAUAAUUACUUCCUAGUCCAAACCUCCCGCAGGACGACGAGGGAUGGGAGCGGGCAGGGUUUGAACCCGGGACCAUCGAUAAAUCUGAACGACAGUCCAGCGCGCAAACCGCACGACCAGGCAGCCAUUUCAUAGGGAGCUAGUUUUUUGAGUCGGCAUUGAGCUAUUAUUGGGUCUGUGUGGACCUAAAGUGGGCCGGUGUUGCAUUCAAGGUCAGUGAUGGGCCAGAGAUGUGUCUGGCAUGAUCUUUGGUGUAUUAAUGUAGGCACAGUACAGCGAGCUGUGGAGUUGAAUGACUUUGUAUUGAGUUAGUAGUGGGUAUUUCCAGACUUGGCGGGAAAGACUAUAAAUAGUUUUUGAUGUAGCCAUUGUACAAAGCUACAAACUAAUGGAAAGGGAGAUAAGCUAUCAUUAAGCUAUGUGUGUUUUUUUAAAAGGGAGAUGAUCAUUUUUUGUGUACUUUUUUUUUUAGAAUCGCAGAUUCCUGAGCUCUUCUGUUUGUAGCAUACAAUCAUUUGACCCUGGAGAAAACAUUCAACUUUCACUCUAGUGUUACAAACUUAGUUCAAAACCAAUGAGCAACUAACUAGCUGUGAUAGCGGAGAUUUGAUACCAAGCUCAACUGCCAGACAUUGAGGUACUUCCAAAACUUGAGCUCAAUUCUUUUUGAUUUAGUUGGCAACAGUGACUUUCAACUUAACGUCCUUCACAUUGCUUUGUUGUUUUUUUGGUAAAAAAAAAUAAAUCUCCAAUAUGUACGGUAUUUGCCUGAGACCAAUCGUCAUAGAAGUCCUGAACACUGGCCUGCUACGUCACAACCUAUGGGCAGCGGAGACCAAUAGCUUGUUGUCACAUCACAGGACUGUAUGGCGUGGCAACGAGCUAUUGGUCUACACUGCCCACAGGCUGCGACGUCGCAAUGGUCUCGAUUUGUCACAGAACUAUACAUAUAUAUAGGUCUAUGGUAUUUGCAAUAAUGUAGGAACGAUAAACCAUUGAUUCAAUAGUGCUGAAUUAUUGCCCUGUACACUUUACCUACAUAAAUAUAGGAGUAUAGAUUAGUAGAGACACAACAGCUGAAUUUAUCAUCUUGUCAAUAAAAUCUGAACUAGUAACAAA